GACGCUUCUUUUACUCAUUUUUGUUCAGAGGACUGUCGGCCAGCAGCAGCAGCAGCAGCAGCAGCAUCGGAGAGAGUGGAGUGAAGUAAGGAGAAAUACAGACAAUUGUCCUAUCCUAAAAAACAACAACACUGACCUGGAAUAAUCUAAAACGCUUCCGUGUGUUUCGAAAGGUUUGCUCCAUCGUUGUUUUGAUAACGGGAGGCAAGGAUGGCAAUGCAAAUGGGCGAGGCCGACAGUGGCAUGGCGAAGGUGGCAGAGUGGCAGCACACAAUGUACAGCGUAGACUCGGGCAUCCAGUCUGGAGCCACCACAGUCAGAGAUGAAGACGCCGAAUACACCACCUCCAAGCACUACACCACGACGACCACUGUAACAUCAGUACAUCCUGACGUGGAUGCCCCCCACACCAGAGCAGAGCGGCUGCGGGCUGCAAUGUUCCCAGAGACGCUGGAGAGAAACACCACCAUCAUUUCGACUCAGCUAGACUCGUCCCAGAUGACCAACGUCCAGCAGCUGGCCGAGCCCUCCCAAAUGCUCAAGACGGCAAUCAUCCAUCUGAUCAACUACCAGGACGACGCUGAGCUGGCCACACGCGCCGUGCCUGAGCUCACCAAACUGCUCAACGAUGAAGACCAGGUGGUGGUCAGCAAGGCAGCACAGAUUGUCAACCAGCUCACGCGCAAGGAGGCGUCGCGGCGUGCGAUGAUGCAGUCGCCUCAAAUGGUGGCGGCGGUGGUGCGGGUGAUGCAGAACACAAGUGACAUGGAGACGGCGCGGGCCACAGCCAGCAUCCUCCACAAUCUGUCCCACCAGAGAGAGGGCCUGCUCUCCAUCUUCAAGUGUGGAGGCAUCCCUGCUUUGGUCCGCAUGCUCAGCUCUCCCAUGGAGUCUGUGCUCUUCUACGCCAUCACCACACUCCACAACCUGCUGCUGCACCAGGAAGGAGCGAAGAUGGCUGUUCGUCUGGCCGACGGCCUGCAGAAGAUGGUUCCCCUGCUGAAGAAGAGCAACCCCAAGUUCCUGGCCAUCACCACAGACUGUCUGCAGCUGCUGUCUUAUGGCAACCAGGAGAGCAAGCUGAUCAUUCUUUCCAACGGGGGUCCUGAGGGCCUCGUUCACAUCAUGAGAAACUACAGCUAUGAGAAGCUGCUGUGGACCACAAGCCGUGUGCUCAAAGUCCUCUCUGUGUGCCCCAGCAACAAACCCGCCAUUGUAGAGGCUGGUGGGAUGCAGGCUCUGGGUAAACACCUCACAGGCUCCACCCAGCGUCUGAUGCAGAACUGUCUGUGGACGCUCAGGAACCUGUCUGAUGCUGCCACCAAGCAGGUCUAUAUCCACACUCACGUUAACCUUUUUUCGUCUACUCUUGAAAAUCUUGAGUUUGUUUUCCAUAAUCCGAGAAACUUUCUGAAAUAUCUUUUUCUCUUCCUGUUUCAGGAGGGCAUGGAAAGCCUUCUGCAGGUGCUGGUGGGCCUGCUUAGUUCAGACGACCUCAACAUGCUCACUUGCGCCACAGGCAUCCUGUCAAACCUCACGUGCAACAAUUCCCACAAUAAAACUCUAGUCACCCAGGGCAACGGUGUAGAGGCGCUGAUCCACGCCAUCUUGCGUGCCGGUGAGAAGGAGGACGUGACUGAACCUGCCGUUUGCGCUCUGCGCCACCUGACAUCCCGCCACCAACAGGCUGAGGUAGCGCAGAAUGCUGUGAGGAGAUACUACGGCAUCCCCGCCAUCGUCAAGCUGCUCAACCAACCCUACUACUGGCCCGUCAUCAAGGCUGUGGUUGGCCUGAUCCGCAACCUGGCCCUGUGCCCAGAGAACCAGGCCCCUCUGAGGGACGCUGGAGCGAUCCCCCGUCUGGUCAACCUGCUACUUAAAGCCCACCAGGACGCCCAGAAACAUGGUUCAUCCACCCAGCAGACAUACCAGGAUGGAGUGAGGAUGGAGGAGAUUGUGGAGGGCUCCACAGGAGCUCUGCACAUCCUGGCAAGAGAUCCCAUCAACAGAGCGGAGAUCGGCAACCUGCAGACCAUUCCUCUGUUUGUUCAGCUCCUCUACUCUCCGGUGGACAACGUGAAGCGCGUGGCAGCGGGCAUCCUGUGUGAGCUGGCCCUGGACAAACCGUCAGCUGAGUUCAUCGACAGCGAGGGAGCGUCUGCUCCGCUGAUGGACCUGCUGCACUCCAACAACGAGGGCAUUGCCACUUACGCUGCAGCUGUGCUCUUCCGUAUCUCCGAGGAUAAGAACUCAGACUACAAGAAGCGAGUGUCUGUGGAGCUCACGCACUCUCUGUUUAAACACGACCCCGCUUCCUGGGAGCUGGCCCACAACAGUGCCCCCAUGGAUGGACCCUAUACAGAUGAGCUGGACACUGGUUUCCAAGGCUACGGAGGGUAUCCCGCUGACAUGCCCAUGGACGGCAUGGACGGAAAUAUGAUGCAAGACGAUUACGCAGCCAGCUUGGCCUACGAGAGACAACCGUACCAUGAUUAUUAAAGACACGGGGGAGAAAGGGAAUCGGAGGAGCUGACGUAGGACGUAAUGGGACAGAAGAGAAUAUAGUCGUCAGUAGAGAUUACUCCCUCUGCGCUCAGCCUGAUGUAAUAUAUGCAAUUAUCACUGAGUACGGGACUCAUAAUCUUAACAGGGCUCAACUUUGUUUUAGAGCAUAAUUUUGCUGAUAAUAAUGAUGACGAUGCUUGUAGGUUUCUGUUAGAGAACCUUUUUAAGAGUGUGUGCGUGCGCAUGUGAGUGUGUCUGUGUGUGUUUACGCUUUUGGGUGGGUAUUCUAUGCCAAAGAGAUUUUUAUUUUGUGAUGAUAAUCGUGUAGCUUCCUCCUUUCUUUUAAUUUUAAAGAAAAAGGGAAAAAAAAAAAGAGAAUAAUAGUUGAAAACACUGCCAGAGUUGGCUCAACAUGCACGGUGCACCUGCUCACCGCUCUGUUUCUUACUUAACGCCUUUGUAACAGACACUGCUGUUUACGCUGUAGUUUUAACACUAUAUACUGUCAACUUUCUCCCGCUGUGACCCAACAGUUAAGAGUCGGUUAACACAGGCUCAUUCUGUCUCGUCGCGCUAAUUCAGUAGGAGUGAACAAACAAAGAGAUGGGGAGAGACCUUUUAGAGAGCAGUGUGGGGCUGCCAAGAACCAUCUGAACAAGAUGGUGGUUUGUUUUUAGGGAUAGUUUCUCAUCUUUUCUAAGUUAUUGACUAGGAAAAGUUCACACCAUUAUCCGGCAUUAUCAGAAUAUUAACAAAGAUGUCUUUUGUUACGAACUGAAUUUAAAGAAAAGAUCGUAUGUGACCGUAAUUGAUUUUGCAGAACAACAACAUGGGUACAGUACAGUUUUCAACAGAUUGACUGACUGAUUGAUUAGUCAACACGUAUGAUGAUAUAGUUGGGGACGGCCCUACAGCUGGAGCAAACUACUGACAGGGAAAUUUGUCUUUCUACUUAAGAGUUUUUACUGAAAUUUUGUUUAAUAAAAAUAAAGGAUAUAUUAAACAUA